CAUCCUCUCUCCAUUCGCUCCCUUUUCUUACACCUCUUCGUCCUCCUUGUGGGCGUCUCUCUCCUCACCGUGGCUCCUCUCCGCUUCCUCUCCUCCCCCUCUUCCAGACUCUCUUCUGUCUUGGGCCAACUGCGUGGCUCACGACUAGUUACAAAUCAACCAUCAAGCCCUCUCACGGAUCUUCGACGGUUUCUCACCACCUCCAGUAUGGCCUCCGAACAGUUCCGCCGCCCACCUCAAGCCCCACCCGUCUUCACGGCCACUGCCCAAUCCAUCAUCGAUGAUGCCAAACGCCUUCUAGAUACCUCCCGUAAGGUGCAAGAUGGCGUCGCUAGCAUCAAGCCUGAAUCAGCCACAUUCGACUCGGUUAUCAAGCCAAUCGCACAAGACAACAAUGCCAUGGCACUGGAAUCACACAUCCUAGGCUUCUACCAGGCUGUCUCAACGGACGAGAAGCUGCGGGAAGCUUCUUCCAAAGCGGAGGAACUUAUGGAUGACUUCUUCAUUGAGGCUGCGAUGCGCGAGGAUUUGUUCCAGCUUGUGGAUGCUGUGCUCAAGAAGAACGAGACCCUCGACCCCGAGUCUCGGAGAUUGCUGGAGAAAGAGCACAAGGAUUACAUUCGCAAUGGACUGGGCCUGCCGGCUGGACCCAAGCGCGAUCGCUUCAAGGAGAUCAAGAAGCGUCUGAGUCAAAUCGGUAUCGAGUUCCAGAAGACCUUGAACGAGGUUAAAGGAGGCAUCUGGUUUACCCGCCAGGAGCUAGAUGGUGUGCCCGAAGACGUCCUGUCUGGGUUGGAGAAGGGUGAGGGUGAAAAUGAGGGUAAGCUCUGGGUGACCUUCAAAUACCCGGAUUAUAUCCCGACGAUGAAGUACGCGAAGAACGCCGAGACCCGGAAGCGGAUGAUGAUUGCCAACGAAAACAAGUGCAACCAAAAUGCUCCUGUGUUCCGGGAGGCCAUUGUCCUGCGUGACGAGGCUGCGCGUUUGUUGGGAUAUCCCAACCACGCGACGUUCCGUGUCGAGGACAAGAUGGCCAAGACCCCGGAGAGAAUUAAUGCCUUCCUGGGAGAUUUGCGGUCGCGUUUGACCGCCACUGGGCAGGAGGAAAUUAAGAAACUGCUAGAGGUAAAGAAGGCCGAUGUGGAGUCUCGUGGCGAGGCAUACGAUGACCAUUACUAUCUGUGGGACUACGCAUUCUAUAGCCGACUUAUGCUGGAGAAGGAGUACUCGUUAGACCAGCAGAAAAUUGCCGAAUACUUCCCUCUACAAAACACUAUUGAAGGCACACUUAAGAUUUUCGAGGAGCUUCUUGGUCUGGUGUUUGUCGAGAUUACCGGUGAGAACCGAGACAAGCUUGCCGCAUCUGGUAACGGCAACGAUAUCAUCUGGUAUGAGGAUGUGCAAGUGUAUAGCGUUUGGAACGACGAAGGUGAAGGCAGCGGGUUUGUUGGCUAUUUGUAUAUGGACUUGUUCCCUCGUGAUGGAAAAUACGGCCACAUGGCCAACUUCAACGUGCAGCCGGGUUUCAUCGACGCCAAUGGCAACCGUCGCUACCCAGCCACCGCGCUGGUGUGCAACUUCACCAAGCCUGGACCCAAGAAGCCCAGUCUGCUUAAGCACGACGAGGUGGUGACCCUCUUCCACGAAUUGGGUCACGGCAUCCACGACCUCGUCUCCAAGACUCUUUACUCCCGUUUCCAUGGCACUAACACCGUGUGGGACUUUGUCGAGACACCUAGUCAGAUGCUGGAGAACUGGUGCUGGACACCCUCGCAGCUCAAGGCCCUCAGCAAGCACUACACCUCCCUGUCGCCCGAAUACCUCGCUAGCUGGCAGGAAGAGACCGGCAGCAACGCUCAGCCCCCAGCUGAGAUCCCCGACGAUAUGAUUAACAACAUCAUCCGCACCAAGCACGUCAACGACGCAAUUUUCAACUUACGCCAGUUGCACUUUGGUAUCUUUGAUAUGACCGUGCACCAGGGUGAGAGCCACGAAGCGAUUGAGAAGUUGCCCAUCUCGGCAACUUUCAACAGAUUGCGCAAGGAGAUCACUCACAUGCAUGGCCCCGAGAGCUUGGGCAUGGGCGAUGAAUGGGGACACGGCGAGGCCACCUUUGGACAUCUGAUGGGAGGAUAUGAUGCGGGCUACUACGGAUAUCUGAGCUCGCAAGUCUACUCGACCGACAUUUUCUACACCAUCUUCAAGGACGAGCCGAUGAAUGCUGCUGCCGGCCGUCGGUACCGGUACGCGGUGCUGGAGAAGGGAGGCAGCCAGGAUGAAAUGAAGACGCUGACCGACUUCUUGGGCCGGGAGCCUAAGACGGAUGCUUUCUACAAGGAUUUGGGAAUGGCUUAG